AUGGAUCCGUCCGAUAAUAAUAAUAAUAAUGCCACCAAACCCGCGCCAUCCCUGGAUCCGGAGUCACCGGUCAAGAGCGCGCCCAGCAAUGGCGACACUCGGUCUCAACCCUCCAUUGCCGGCGUUGCAGUACCCCAGGAACUUAUCGAUUACUCUCUCAACUUCCUCUCCACGUCCAGCAACGAGCGCCUCCUCGGCGUAUUCGCUGCUCUGGCCCUGGCCACCUACAUCAUACUCGGUAGAAUUGGGCUGCUCCUGAUCGGAGUCGCCGUGGGGGUCAUCCUGCAUGCCUCCUGGGAGGGACCCGACCUGGAUGCGAAGGGCGAAGGGUCGCGCGCACGGAAAUCCAGCAAGCGCAAAGAGCUUGCGCUGGAAUUGUCCAACAGGUUGCUCGACUGGCAGGCUCGGAACAUCCCUGCAGAGGCUGAAAAUGAAAAGGCCGCGCCAUUGAAUGCGCUGGAGGAUUUGUCGAGCCUAGACUUGGAAUACUCGACCUUCCAGCCCGCGACGGGUGCGGCGUUGAGGGCGCUCACCGAUGCAGUCAUCAAAGACUAUGUGAAAUACUGGUACGAGCCGAUUCUACCCUCUGAAUCGACCUUCCCACUAUCCUGCCGACGCAUCUUGACUCAUUUCAUCACUUCCAUAUCCUCUCACGUCUCGCGCAAGCGAACCGAGGACACCUUUCUUCAAUUCCUGACCAACUCCUCGUCCAUCAUCAUCGUGUUCCUGAAUGAACUCGCUGCGGCGUUUGCGGCUGUCCCUUCUGCGUCUAUGGAAGCCGAGAAGGUUGUGGAGCACUACCUUAUGCAAUCCCCAGAUAGCAGUUUGGCAAAUAUUCUGUCCGGGCAACAGCAGCGCAAGAAGCUGAACAUGAUAGCGGAUGAUAUCCUGUCCAGCUACCUCGAGUCCAAAUCGUACAGUUGCUCCUCGGUCCGAGACUUUUGUCGUGAGGUGUUUGCAGGUCUUGUCCUCGAGUCCACCGUCAUCAGCAUGGCUCGCCCCGAAUUCAUCAAUGGGUGGAUCAUCUAUCUUCUUGAAGACGGAGAGUCUGAAAUCAUGCAUGCGAUCGAUGCUGGUGUCGAAGGUGCACGGAAUCAGGGUGUCAGUGCGCCUCUGAGCAAUCCAACUUUGGACUCGACGCCCAAAUCGACCGAAAACCGGCGGAGCCAGGUGAAUAAAGACACGGAAGAAGCGAUGUUUGAGGCAAAGCGGUUGAGCGCACUAAUGGCAUCUCAAGAUACGCACAUCGUGGACCCUGCUGAACGGCCGCCUGAAGUCAAUCAGCCCCUCGAGAUCUCUACUCUCGGUGCCGACAACCCGCAGGAGUCGGUUGCAGGCACAGUGAAGAGUGACGGAGGCGUCAACGCCAGUCAACCAACUUCUCCUUCCUUGCCACAUUUGACCCUGCACGGCGCACUUGUAUUGGUGGAUUAUAGUUCUACAGCCAAUGACAAAGGAACCAUCAAAUCGCGACCGUCGGGAGAUUAUAUGCUACAAGUUGAACCCGCAUCCAGCGGAUCCACUGGAUGGAUGGUAUUCCGAAAAUACUCGGAUUUUCAGUCUCUUCAUGAAAUGCUCGAGACCGUUUCACGGCUGAACCGGAUUCAAGCCUUUUCCGAGCGGUACCCUACCCUGCCCCACUGGAAAGGUAAAACGAGGCAAGGUCUGGCUCGGGAGUUGGAGAAGUAUCUGCAGGAUGCCUUGAAGCACGAAUCCCUUGCCGAAACCGACCGCAUACGACGAUUCCUGGAGAGAGAUGGUGGCUCCGGCAGCGAAGCGGCCAGUGCUGCCAAGCCCGGGUUUUCUUUCCCCAACCAAACCGCCUUUGAGAACAUGGGCAAGGGCGUCCUGGGCGCGCUCACCAAUGCUCCCAAGGGCGUGGCCGGGGGUGGCAAAGCCGUCUUCGAUGGAGUGACCGGGGUAUUCGGGGGUGUCGCUGGAAACAGUCGAAAGCCUGCUAGUACUACCGCGCCAUCAUCAUCCCAUCUACCGAGUCUGUCGAAAACUGAUAGUGAGCCCCUAUCCGUCACUGGAAGCACCAGCGGCCCAAGCCGUGCGGCUUCAUAUGACGCAGACCGCCAGUCUAGUGACCGCCCCAUGUCUAUGCUAUCCAGUGAACCGGGAGGGUCUCCUGCGCUGGUGCCUUCUCCGAGUGAUUCUUCCUUUGAAUUUACCAAGGCUGAAUCUUCGAGGGAUCUAUCGGCCGGUGAAAUCACCGAUGAUGCAAAACAGACAAUGAAUCAAAGCGAUGUUCAGGCCUCUGCGUCGACGCUCGCACAUUCAGAUGGCCGCAUCUCGCUGGAUUCUACUAGCCGUCCCUCGGGACUAGAUCCGAAAGAGAGUACCGAAAUCUCUUCAUCCGUGAGCGGGCCAGCUCCUGAGCACGGUGAGCCUGCUGCUACUGCCACUCAAGGAACCCGCAAGCAGGGUAGCCCUAUCACAGCCGACGAGACUCAGAUCGCAGUAGAGCUGAUCUUUGCUGUUAUCAACGAGCUCUACACCCUGUCCUCUGCAUGGAACAUCCGCCGGACGCUGCUGAACGCGGCCAAGUCAUAUAUUUUGCGCCCUGGAAGCCCGACCUUGGAGACGAUCCGCACUCUGCUGCAGGACUCGAUGAUCGAGGCCCAUACGUCGGACGAGGCGCUGGGGGAGUAUCUCACCAAGCUUCGGGAGAAUGCGCUCCCCACAGAGGAAGAACUAGGCGCCUGGCCUCCGCCACCCAGCGAAGAGGAGAAAGCCGAGCUACGGGAGAAGGCGCGGAAGCUCUUCGUGCAGAGGGGGAUCCCUCAGGCGCUGACGAGUGUUAUGGGGGCGGCUGCCAGUCGGGAGGCGCUGGAGAAGAUCUUUGACAGUCUCCAGGUGGACACGGUGGCCCGGGGCUUUGUGUUCUCGAUCAUGCUGCAGGGUUUGCGGGUGCUCGCCCUCUGA